CUCACUCAGCUCGGUGCAGCAUGUAUGUUAGAGUGUCUGAGACACUGGAGCCUGUGUUUACAUGCAAGCCUAUCAGUGGAGGUGGAUUUAGAGCAUCUGGAGGAUCCAGGCAUCUCCCAUGCUCCUCACCGGGGACUCACCUCCUUUUAUCUCGCCUCGGGUAUCCCAUUUCUCCCUUUGAAUCCUCCUUUCAAUGGCCUCUUCAAUCUCUGCCCUGCUCUCUGAGGCAUUUUGGAUUUCCUUGGCAACGUGGAGCAGCUUAAAUUAGAAUUCUGUGCAUGACGGUCCUGGUAAGCAGUAGAAUGGUGUCCGGGGAGGCAGGUGGGCACAGCUACCUGGUGGCGUGCUGGCAGCCCAUCCUGGUCCUAAUGCUGGGCACUGUCCUCUCCGGAUCCACCACCGGCUGCCCGUCCCGCUGUGAGUGUAAUGCUCAGGAACGUUCCGUGGUGUGCCAUCGACGGAGGCUGGCCUCGUUUCCCGAGGGCAUCCCCAUCGAGACGAAACUACUGGACCUCAGCAAGAACCGUCUGAAAAGCCUGGGGCCUGAGGAGUUCAUCAACUACCCACAGCUGGAGGAGCUGCAGCUCAAUGAGAACAAUAUCUCUUCCAUGGAGCCCGGGGCUUUUAGCAACCUUGUCGGCUUGCGGACUCUGGGGCUGCGCAACAACCAGCUUAAGCUAAUCCAGUUGGGAGUGUUCACAGGCCUCAGCAACCUCACCCAGCUGGACAUUAGCGAGAACAGAAUUGUCAUCCUGCUGGACUACAUGUUCCAGGAGCUGUACAAUCUGAAGGCUCUGGAAGUCGGCGAUAACGACCUGGUGUUCAUCUCUCACCGAGCGUUCCAUGGCCUCAGCAGCCUGGAACAGCUGACCAUGGAGCGCUGCAACCUGACGUCGGUGCCCACUGAGGCCCUGAGCCAUCUGCACAACCUGCUAUCGCUGCGACUACGCCACCUCACCGUCAAUGCCGUCAGGGAUUACUCCUUCAAGAGGCUUGAACGCCUGAAGGUGUUAGAGAUCUCCUACUGGCCCUACCUGGACACCAUGACCUCCAAAUGCCUGUACGGCCUCAACAUCACCUCCCUGACCAUCACAAACUGUAACCUCACCGCCAUCCCUUACCAGGCCAUCCGACACCUUGGGCACCUUCUCUUUCUCAACUUGUCUUUUAAUCCCAUUCACACGGUGGAGGGGAACAAGCUGCACAAUCUAAUGAGGCUCCAGGCCUUCCACUUGGUAGGAGGGAGAUUAGCCACAAUCGAGCCCUACUCCUUCCGGGGCUUGAACCAUCUCCGAGUCCUCAACGUAUCCAGCAAUAGCCUGAGCACCCUGGAGGAAUCUGUGUUUCACUCCGUGGGGAACCUGGAGACCCUGGCACUGUACGGGAACCCACUGGCCUGCGACUGCCGACUGCUCUGGGUCUUCCGUCGCCGCUGGAGGCUCAACUUCAACCGGCAGCAGCCCUCCUGCUCUUUGCCCGAGGCCGUGCAGGGCAAGGAGUUCAAAGACUUCCCCGACAUCCUCCCCUCCGAUUCCUUCACCUGCCAGAAGUCCAGGAUACAAGACCACAAGGCACUGCAGAGGCACGUAGACGAGGGCACAACGGUCCAUUACACAUGCCAGGCGGACGGCGACCCAGCCCCCGUGAUCAUGUGGCUGUCCCCCAAGAAGCAGUUCAUCACCACCAAGUCCGUGGGGCGUCUCAGCGUGUCCCCCGAGGGCACGCUAGAGGUGCGCUACGCCCAGAUCCAGGACAACGGUACCUACCUGUGCAUCGCCAGCAAUGCUGCAGGGAAUGACACCAAGCCUGCCCACCUGCAUGUGCACAGCUACUCGCCCAACUGGCCGCACCAACCCAACAAGACGUUUGCUUUCAUCUCCAACCAGCCCAGCGAGGACGGGGCCAACGGGACCCUGGCCCAGGUUCCCUUCCCAUUCGACGUGAAGACUCUGAUCAUCGCCACCACCAUGGGAUUUAUCUCGUUCCUCGGCGUCGUCCUCUUCUGUCUCGUCAUCCUCUUCCUCUGGAGCAGAGGAAAAGGCAACGUCAAGCCAAACAUAGAGAUUGAGUAUGUACCGCGUAAGGCGGAGGCAGGUGAGAGUAGUCCAACCGGCGAUGCGCCACGUAAAUUCAACAUGAAAAUGAUGUGAGACUCAAGCUUACUGACUUCAAAUUGAGGGUGGACACACUAUAUUCUCUUUAAAUAUAUGUGGAAUUUAUGAGAGAUAGACAUCUUGAUACUAUACCCAAGACUGUUUUACCUUCAGGGACUGAAUCUUAAACAGCGAGUGUUGGAUUUAAAAGUAUUCAAAUCUCUGUGCGUUUUUAUGGGCAAUAGUCAUAAAGAAAAUAAGCCAGUCAUGUUUUAUGCUCCUUUCAACCUGAAAAGGGAGAUUGUCUUUAUCUAGUCUUUUGAUUGUUUUAUUUUCUCUGUGUCUUGUUCUUCUUACCAUGUACAAUGAGCAAAGGAAUGGUCGCAAUACCACUUAAAGGGGUAGUUCACAAUAAUACUGAAAUUGACAGCAGCAACGGUAAGAGGAAUAUCAUGUCAAUUUGUUUGAACUAUACCUUUAAUGGUUAUGGGUUUUGAGCAUAUUACUGUAUUAUGAGCAGGCGCAAUUCAAGCAAUGUACGUUCCUUAGCAUUCGGGAAAGUAUUCAGACCCCUUUGACUUUUUCUAAAUGUUGUUACGUUACAGACUUAUUCUAAAAUUGAUUAAAUCGUUUUUUUAACUCAUCAAUGUACACACAACACCCGAUAAUAACAAAGCAAAAACAGGCUUUCAGACCCUUUACUCAGUAAACACCGGUAUUUGGGGAGUUUUUCCCAUUCUUCUCUGCAGAUCCUUUCAAGCUCUGUCAGGUUGGAGGGUGAGCGUCGCUGCACAGCUAUUUUCAGGUCUCUCCAGAGAUGUUCGAUGGGGUUCAAGUCCGGGCUCUGGCUGGGCCACUCAAGGACAUUCUGAGACUUGUCCCGAAGCCACUCCUGCGUUGUCUUUGCUGUGUGCUUAGGGUCAUUGUCCUGUUGGAAGGUGAACCUUCGCCCCAGUCGAGGUCCUGAAUGCUCUGGAGCAGAUUUUCAUCAAGGAUCUCUUUGUUCUUUGCUACGUUCAUCUUUGCCUCGAUCCUGAUUAGUCUCCCAGUUUCUGCUGCUGAAAAAAAUCACCACAGCAUGAUGUUGCCACCACCAUGCUUCACCGUCGGGAUGGUGCCAUGUUUCCUCCACACGUGACGCUUGCCAUUCAGGCCAAAGAGAGUGUUUAGGUGCCUUUGGCAAACUACUAGCCGGCUGUCAUGUGCCUUUUACUGAGGAGUGACUUCCGUCUGGCCACCGUACCAUAAAGGCCUGACUGGUGGAGUGCUGCACAGAUGGUUGUCCUUCUGGAAGGUUCUCCCAUCACCACAGAGGAACUCUGUCAGAGUGACCAUCGGGUUCUUGGUCACUUCCCUGACCAAGGCACUUCUCCCCCAUUGCUCAGUGUGGCAGUGAGGCCAGCUCUAGGAAGAGUCUUGGUGGUGCCAAGCCACUGUGUUCUUGCAAUGCUGCAGAAAUGUUUGGUAUCCUUCCCCAGAUCUGUGCCUUGACACAAUCCUGUCUCUGAGUUCUACGGACAAUUCCUUCGACCUCAUGGCUCGGUUUUUGCUCUGACAUACACUGUCAACUGUGCGACCUUAUAUAGACAGGUGUGUGCCUUUCCAAAUCAUGUCCAGUCAAUUGAAUUUACCACACGUUGACGACAAUCAAGUUGGAGAAACAUCUCAAGGAUGAUAAAUAGAAACAGGAUGCAAAUAAUUUUUUGAAUUUGAAUACAUUUUCAAAAAAUUCUAAAAACUUGUUUUCGCUUUGUCAUUAUGGGGUAUUGUGUGUAGAUUGAUGAAGAUUUUUUUUAUUUAAUCCAUUUUAGAAUAAGGCUGUAACGUAACAAAAUGUGGAAAAAGUCAAGGGGUCUGAAUACUUUUCGAAUGCACUUAAGAGAUAAAAGUAAGCUAGAAAGGCAUAGAAUGGUAUAUUCUAAGUUGUAAAACAAUAUAUAUAUUAUCCUUGACAAUCAUCAAAAUCACAAAGGUCAUCGGUAUAAAUCACGGAAUAAGUACAAUGUAAAAUAUCAGCAAUGAAGUUAGGGUCCUCUGAUGCCAUUUUGUCUACUUAAUGUGCAGUGGCUCAAAUCCUUUCCUAGCAAACUAGGAACAUUCCCUGAACAUUAGCUAAGAUUCCCCUUAAGUUCUAGUUAGGGUCUUAGGAUGAUUAACAUCCCAAAAACAUUAAAAUAAUGUUUUUGUUAACAAAAUCGUUUUGUACAAUUUUUUUGUUUUUAUGAAAUAUCCUUGGAAUGUUCUCCUAACAUUCCCUAAAAUGUUGUGCACAACAUCUGUAAGAAACACCACAGGACAUUCCCCAAACGUUCUCAUUAGGUUACCAAGGUAAUGUAAUAACACAAUGUAGCAGUAAUGUUUUUUACAACAUACGGCCACAACAAAAUAUGAGAGCAUCGUUCUGGGAACAUUCUUGCAAAAUGCAAAUGUUUUAUACAAACAUUGUAUAACCAUCAGCACAAGUGGACAGUUUUUUGUGUUAUGAGAACAUUUGCCGCAACCUAACAAAUGUUCUGGGAACUUUCACAAAAUUAAUUUUGGUUUGCUGGGUUGUUUGUAUAAUCACAAACCAUGCUUCAAAUGACAAGUGUGAUAGUCAAUUUGAAGCCCCAUGUUUUCUUUGUCAGUGUGUUCUCCUGUUUGCAGUGAUCAGGAACCAGUUGUUGUAAUACAGUUGAUGUGUUAACAGGGUUUUAUGUGGUGAAAUACAUUUUACAGCCAUAGUCUGCUCUGAAAGUAAUGUGUUCAUAAACCCGCUGGUUAUGAAAUAAUGGACGGAAUGAAAGCAUAUUAAAACAAUAAAGU